CAUGAUGGUAUGUGGUAUGUGUAUGUAUCUUUACAUAUAUAUGAUUCCUUCAUAACAUUUCGAAUGACAGAUCAGUGAAUAAUUCGGAUCUUUGUUCCCAUCGUCCGUACGGAACUCCUACGUCACUCAGCGAUAACGCAAACACGAACGCGGCACUCGAUGAUUACGUGCUGAUUAGAUCAUUUAAAACUGCAAGUCGAGAAACGUGAUUACAUAUAUUUGAUAGCGCCAGCGAAAUUCCUCGCUAUCUUGAUUUAGCUACGCUAAAUGGUGAAGAUGACACCGCUGGACGAGGGAAGGAUCAGACAGGGUUUGUCUAAGUAUCAAAAUCCAGAUAUAACAAAGAAGCAUGUAGUGAGUGUCUUAAACCUUUACAAAGGAUUGGUUUUUGAGAUUGAACCUUUCAUCUUCAAUGAUGGCUCGCGCAAAGAGUUGCUCAACUUACAAGGAACUAUACCUGUUGUUUAUAAAGGUACUUGUUACAAUAUUCCGAUCUGCAUAUGGCUAAUGGACACACAUCCCAACAAUGCACCCAUGUGCUAUGUCAAGCCAACGGCAGAUAUGCAAAUUAAAGUCAGUAUGUUUGUAGAUCACAAUGGUAAAAUCUAUUUACCGUAUCUUCAUGACUGGGUACCUCACAACUCAGAUUUGCUUGCUUUAAUUCAAGUUAUGAUUGUUACCUUUGGGGAUCAACCUCCGGUUUAUGCCAAGUCAAGAUCAGAAAUGCAACAGAGUUCUACACCAUAUCCUGUUCAACCAUUUAUGCCUGUACCUGGUAGUGGAAAUGUAUCGAAUUCCGGUUUUCCGCCAUAUCCACCAAGUUCUCAAUACUCUGGCGGCAGCAAUGUGUAUCCACCAUAUCCAUCUACAGCAUCUGGAGGAUUCCCAUAUCCAGGUUCUUAUGGUUCUUAUCCUGGAACUACUCCCAGCUAUCCGACACAAGGAUACAACGGCCCAUAUCCAUCUUAUCCACCAGCCACACAGCCGUCACCGACAAUACAAUCAGGCUCUGGUAGCUCUGGUACAAUUACGGAGGAACACAUAAGAGCGUCUCUCCUGUCUGCGGUAGAAGAUAAACUCCGACGCCGACUCAAGGAGCAAUUCUCGCAGCUACAAGCGGAACUAGAGACACUGCGGCGAACGCAGCAAGAAUUGACGAGCGGGUCGUCGCACUUGACAGAUUUGUUUGAGAAACUCAGGAGAGAGAAGCAGGAACUUGAGAAAAACGUAAAUAUCUUGCAGGAUAAGGAAGCAGAAUUGGAGAAAGAGAUUGCUAAACUGUCUGAUAAUCAAUCAAUAGAUGUUGACGAAGCUGUUACUACCAUAGCGCCGUUAUAUAAACAAAUGCUAAAUGCUUUCGCCGAAGAAGCAGCCACAGAGGAUGCUAUUUAUUAUCUUGCCGAGGGACUGCGAUCCGGCAUUAUAGAUCUGGAUGCAUUCUUAAAGCAAGUCCGACAAUUGUCGCGUAGACAAUUUAUGCUAAGGGCGCUGAUGCAGAGAUGUCGACAGAAAGCUGGUCUGGCUGGUUGAAAACUACUCCUCUUGCACUUUGUUUUAGAGAAAGUGUGUUGCAAUAUUCUGUUUUCUUAUAAAAUAUCUCUUACUAUCCGGUGAAAAUGGAAUUCAUUUACAACUCUUGCCAGUAUCGAAGAAUAUAAAAGAUUAUUAAUUCGAUAAUGAAUUCCAUCUUCUGAUUGCAGUGGAAUGAAAGGAAAAUCAUUUUACAUAAAGAAAUAUUUAUAAUAAAAAAGCAUAUGUUUAAUGAAGAUACAGUAAUUAUUGCACAUUGUUCAAAUGUGGAAAUAGAUGAUAAUUCUUUUCACACAAGAUUGUUAUUAUUAUAUAUUAUUGCAUGAUUAGAUUAAUCACGCUCGCGACUUGCGUUUAUGAAAAAACAAACGCUAGCCUUUAUUUUGUCAAGGUGCAACAAAAAUUGUGUACCUAUGCUACAAACUUUUAUGCCUUCAUUGUGAUAAAGAACAAAUAAAUUUAUGCGCAAGAAA